AUGGCGCCGAAGCUUAGAAUGGAUUUGUCGGAGAGGUCGUGGUUCUGGAGGAACCCAGUUUCGGCACCUCCACCCCUAUCGGACCUUGCCUCUUCACAUCCAAACAAGGUCAUCGUCACUGCGCGCUGCGACUCCGAGAACACGACCGACGUUCUCUUUUCCUUCACGACUGCUACCACUAUGUAUCUUCGACGCCCCGAACGACGGCGAAAGCUUACGACUACCUCCUGUAUCGUGGCCGCACUCACUCUUGCGACUCCUGGACUUGCGAUUUGGCCGUUUCCUCCGAAGCGGUUCACCGGAAACUCACUGAUUAAUGCCGGUUCAAUGGGGUUGAAAGAUGGUGGAAGGGUGGUAGCCUUCGGGGACUUUGACGGGAACCAACUGUUGGAUGUUCUCGUCCUGGGUUCCGACCAGCAAACAUUGACUGUGUACUACUGGAAUCACGAAUCUUUCUCUUUCGGUAACCCGACGACGCUGAAGCACCCACGGAAAAUCACGAAUGUCGUCCCAGGAGACUUUACACACUCUGGGAAACUCGACCUCCUAAUCAUGAGUCAAGGUCAAUCUUCCGACCAAUUGGACUUGACAGUAUACCCCUCACUCGUCGGCGAUGGAUUUGACGCCAGUAACGCUCAAACCCUUCCCUCGUCGACACUCGCCCAGCCUAUACCCAUUGACAUCGACGGAGACAUGAAAAUUGACCUGCUAGGCAUCACACCCUCAUCCAAAGACAGCCCAGACUCUCUAUAUCAAAUAUGGAAGAAUGUCUGGGAUGAUUCUGCAUCAACACCAACACUUUUCCAAAUGGAGGAUGCACCGUUCCACGGCAAGCAGUGCACACUGGCGAAUCCACAUAGCAAUGGUGUCGUAGAUUUGGAUGGAGACUGCCUUGCAGACGUUUUCCUAGUUUGCGAGGACGGCCGUGGCCACAAAAGUCAUCAAAUCUGGAUUAACAAGAAGGACCAAGGCUUCAUUCUAUCACAAGAAAGCCCUCUGCCUGCUGGUACUCAAUCUAUCUCCUUUGCAGACAUCGACCGAGAUGGAACCAUUGACCUCAUAUUCCCGACAUGCUCGAACGUUUCACCUUCCACCGGUGUCGGCUCGGACUGUUAUAUCAACAUCGCUUACAACCAGCAACUCCCUUUGUGUACCUCGACCACUGAUUCGGGCCUGAGAAAGGGUGUCCGGGUUUGCAGACGGCCAGAAGACCUUUGUAUUGCAGACCCGAACUUCAAGUUUGACCUAAGCCCGCGCUCUGACAAUGACGCAUUCGUCCGCUUCCCGGUCUCCUCUCUCUUCCCAUCCUCUUCUCUACUCGUCCUCGACACCACUUUCAGCCCGUCCAUACCAGUUGCCCUCAAGCUAGGCGACGCUGAUCUCGACGGCUUCCCCGACCUGCUCGUCAUUACAGCCUCAGGACGCGACCACACCCCACAUCUCGUAUUCUCUGUCCCAUGUGCUGCUGGCGUAGCUGGUUGCAGCUCGGGCGGCAAAGGAAGGAGAGGGUGGAAGGUGGCGAACAAGGGUGUGGAGGCGUUGGAGGCUGUGAAAGAUGCGAGGUCGGUUUCGUUCUUGGAUAUGGACGAGGAUGGCACUCUCGAUAUCUUGGUUCAGCGAGUUGGCGACAACAAGCAAGGCAGUUUCCUGUUCGUCCAGAACAACUUCUACUACGAUGCGUUCUUCCUAAAGGCUAUUGUGCUCAACGGCGCCUGCGAUAAUGGGUGGUGCUACACUCAAAACGGUUCAGCGAAAUAUCAUCCUUUCGGAGUGAGCUAUUCUGGAGCCACGUACAAAUACACCGUUCUGGAUACCUCUGGUCAUCGUUCUGCGGCUCAAGUCGGACAACUCCCUCAAACAUCCUACCACUCCCUCCAAACACCGUAUUCUUUCUUUGGCCUCGGACGAACGAACAACUACAUCGAGAAUCUCUUCGUGGGCACCACCCUCCACACCGAUGAUCACUACAUCAACAUGGAGGGCGUUAUCCCAAACUCCAAGGUUGUAAUCUUACCUUCGACGAAGGAGGGCGAGGCGUGGAAGGAAGAGCUGUUCCUCCGGCCAGGAGAGUGGAUUCCGUGGGUUACGGUGACGGUUGUGUCGGGCACGUUCCUGUUAGCGAUCAUCGUGUUUGUGUUGCAUCUUAAUGAGAAGAGAGAGGACGAGCUCGAGAGAAGACGAGCCUCACACCACAUUAAUUUCGAUGCUCUAUAG